UUUCGAUUUUGGUAAACAAGUAAAUGUAAUUACUAUUCUUUUAUCUUCGUAUAAACAAUCAGAGAGUAAAUUAAUUAGACUAGUUUGAAAUGACUUAUAUUUCAAUGUUACAGAAUGCCUAAAUGGAAUAUUAAUAUAUGCGCAUUACAGCUUUGUCUGUACUCUUGGAAGUAAAUUAUCUCAUUUUUCGAUAUAUCUUUGAUAAAUACGUGCAGCUAGUUUUCAUUUAAAUGACAGUGAAGAAUGCGUGCUGAAUGAGAUAAAUCUACAAACUUCCAACAAACGCGCAAUAUUAUAUUUAGCGCAUUUGAUCUUUGCCGGUCGAAACAAACACUCAAUAAAUCAGCAUACAAGUAGUUGCCUUGAAAGGCAAAAUGGCCGAAGUUCCACUCCGGAUGCAGGUUGAACAGGAUGGAACUGUUCCUUUUACUUGUAGCCUAAUUCACACACAGGAUGAAAGUGUACCUAAUCGAACGGAAUCAAAGAAUGAAAACCUUGAUUUGCUGAAUAAGUUGGCGGUUGAGGAAGAGUCAAACCAAAAUAUGAAAAUAAUCAUAACUGAGAAAACUACCGAAAUAACCAUGCUAAAAACAAAGAGUGAAAAGCUUCAACGAGAGUGUGAAAAGCUUGAGAAUGAACUGUCCAAAUGCAAAACGAGAUUAAGCAAAAUCAUGGGCAACAAACUCACUGACAAUAAUCCUGCAAUUGCCGAUCUCAGCGACAGCAACAGACCAGCAAAACUUGCUGAACAGUUUUCGGAGCUGUAUGAUAAUCAAUGGACGGAUGCCUUUGAGGAACAAACUGACAUGACCGAUGAUGAGCAAGGCAAAAUUGAAAUACUUCUAAAUAUCCUAUUGAAUAUUUAUGAAAUGUGUAAAGAAGAAUCGCAGAAACAAACAUCGAUGCUGUGGCGAAUUGCUUAUAUGGAUAUUGAUUCGGUAAUUGGGCUGGGGCGUCAUGACGAGCUGACAAUUCCAAAGGAUCAUAAAUCCGACCCGACGAAGCAUUGGACGUGUGAGACCGCACGGGUGUAUGACAACGUCCCCGUGAUAAAGACCGGUCAAUCUCCGAAUCAUCUUGAAAUAAAUAAACAAAUCAAAGAAUUUCGGAAAUAUGUUGCUCAAAUCAGCCUCGAUAACUUGUUUCAGAAAAUAUAUCACCAACUAACGCACUUCGGACAAGCUAUCCAUCAUCCAAAGAUGGAAUUAUACAUCAGGGGAUGUGUAAAUAUAUGCUGGCUCAUGAAUAUACAAGAACCUCCCGUUGCGUUUACCCCAAAACCUGAACAAUUUGAUCAAUUCAGCACGGAACUAUACAGAUCCUAUACACAAUCUGGGCCAGCAAUCGCAUACUUGGUAUGGCCGACGAUGCUGCUGCACAAAGGAGGGCCGUUGCUUCUGAAAGGAAUUACACAGUGGUGUACCAAGGCAGACAUGCCGAUGGCAAUGAAAAAGAAAGAGCAACACGAUAAACAGUGCAAUAACGUUCAGUCGAAAGCAGAUUCGAUUUCUUCGAACAAACGUUCACAACAGGACGGAGAUUUCGGAGUAAUGAACCAAAGAGAGAAUGCAAUGCAACUUACUAAUGCAAAAGAGAGACGUGCUCAGCCUGUUAAUUAUCAACUAGAACAAGUUUCAAAUGAUGAAAAUAGUAUCACGUCAACCUUCCCUAUGACAUUGGCCUGUAUGUCACAAGCAAAUCACCCUACAAUUGAACCUGAACAUAUAAAAGUUGAUAUACAGCCGAAGACGGAUAAAACAAGCGCGAUAGAACUGCGUAUGGACAGGAGCCCUUAUAUUGGUGGAACAGGCAGUCAUGCAGAACGCACACGGGUUGGGAAUGCGAUUGACUCAAGUGCAUCUAUAAAUGUGGACUCUUCCACAAGCCUUGAUGAUAUUUUGAAGAACGCUGUCUUUGACCCUGAACAAGUAAAAAAUGUUGGAAACAAUGUAGAGGAAACUGUAUAUAAAAUUAGCCAAAGUGUAUCGUCGUUAGUAAAAAAAUAUCAACAGCAAGAAAAUGAACAAAGCAAGCAGAAAAAGCAUCAUGCAAAAAUAUAAGAAUUGCACAAAUUCUAGAGCAAAAACAGAUAAUUACUUGUAGUAUCAGAAAUGAAAACGGCUCGACUGUUUGAUUAAAUAUAUUUUGGCGGUUUAUAAAGCUUCGUAAGUGCAUAAAAAAGAAACCAAAACAUAUGAUAUAAAAAACUGGGUAAAAGUGUUAAGGAGAUUGAAAUCAUAUAAACAUUAAACUGCGCUAGAAGUUUCGACGUCAUAACAUGUAGGGAGCAUUAAUUGUUUCACUUCUCCAGCCACCUUUCGCUUGUAGUUAUUGCCACUAAUUUAUAGUAUUUAAGACUGCUGGAACAAUAAUAGUGCACAAUUUUGAUUUGGUUUAGCUUACUAUAAUUAUGUUGUAUACAAAGAGAAAUUUUGUCUUUACCCUGGUUUAUAUAUAUUUGUAAAAUAUAUAUUUAAGUAUUUA